AUGGCUGCUCAGAACGAUGGUCCUUAUGAUCUGGAGCUCUUCCGUGUGGUUCAGAUUUAUGAUUCACUCAAACUCAAGUGGACUCAGUUGUCAGGAAGAAGGCUACAGAACUGGGAUGUCCCAAACCAAGCAUAUCAAGACUACAGCUGCGAGAAGUACAUCCAGCUGCAGCUUCCAACAAUCCACGUUAAAGAGUUGGAGCUAGAAUUGGAUAAACUCUGGAUCAUUUGGCAGGCUGAUGUGGUGAGAGAUAAGACGUAUAGAGAGGUAGUUAUAUCCAAGGUGCAGGAUACAGAGGACUGGCCUCACGAGGAUGGUCCUCUGUACUUUCCAACUGUGACCACUGUAAGCCUUGGCUCUCAAACUCUACUAGAUUUCUAUCAUCCCAGUACAACAGAGAAUGAAAAAGGAGAGAUUGCUGUACCUCAAACCGAAGAGAAUCGCUACUUUUUAUCUCUGCUGGUUGAGCCACGUAGCCUACUGGUGCUGAAAGAUAGCAUGUACUUGAAGUACCUACAUGGAAUCAGACCAGUGUCAGAGGACGUUAUCACAGACAAGGUGGCAAACCUGACGUUUUGCAACUCAAAACUUGGAGCUGUUUUAACGAGGACUACAAGAGUGUCUCAGACUAUACGUCAUGUGCCAAAAGUUUUAAAAACUAUCAGACUAUUGAGGAAGAAAGAAUAA